UCAGCUGAGUUCGUGGGUUUGUUUCUGAGGUCAUCACUCAUUGAGAAGGCACGUGACAGCUGAGGGGAGACGAGGAUGUCACAGGAGAUGUCACAGAGCUCUUCUCGCCUGGCUGUCGGAGCUGUCCGGCUGGUGAAGCGACUCACAUCCACCAAACCCAUCAAAGACGACCAUCACCCUGUACAAUCCAAUCCAACCCAAUCGACUCACAAAAUGAUCAACUACCUCACCAACCUGCCCAAUCGAAUCCCCGAGAAACAGAGGAUGUUUCAAGGCGACCAUCGAUUGGUUCAUCAGAAGUUACCUCGCGCUCGAGUCUACAUGGGGAUCUAUUACACCAUCUUUGGUGCUAGUAUGCUUUGGUCUGCUAAUGGGCUUUACAAGUUGAUCCGGGGAAAGAAGUGAACUCCUCAACUUAAUAGAUGUUUUUUUUUGCUCGUUUUCAUUUUUGUGUUUAUCGAUCACAGCAAUCUCAAGCUCUUCGAUCAUCAUCUUUCAUCUCAACAAAAAAAAACACAAAGCAACACCAUCAAGCCUUCUCUGACCCUUGCUUUCAGAGAUACAUAAUCAUCAUUGCAUUUUCUUAUGAUAGGAAAAUAAAGAAAUAAACGCUUAAAGCUUUGUUUGGG